AUGGAAUAUUGGAAAUCACACCGGACGCUUAAAUGUGCAAGGGAAAUCGAUGAGGGCACACCUGAGUGUGGUUUUGAACUCUUGCCUUCUUACUUAUACAUGAUAAGAAGGGCAAAUCCGAAUACAGUUACGCGUCUUCAAAUCGAUGAGCUUGGAAGAUUCAUGUAUGUGUUUCUUGCGUUUGGUGCGAGCGUUAAUGGGUUUCCUUUCAUGCGCAAAGUUGUUGUCGUCGACGGUACGUUUCUUAAUGGUAAAUAUAAAGGGACGCUACUCACAGCACUAGCUCAGGAUGGUAACUUUCAGAUUUUUCCAAUAGCCUUCGCAGUGGUUGACACUGAAAAUGAUGAUUCGUGGAAUUGGUUUUUUACGCAACUAAAAGUGUUGAUUCCUGACCAGGAGGGUCUUGCGAUAAUAUCAGAUAGGCAUAACUCGAUAGGGAAAGCAAUUACAAAUGUGUAUCCGUUAGCUGCUCGUGGAAUAUGCACCUAUCAUUUGUAUAAAAACAUAUUGGGACGGUACAAAGGAAAAGAUGUAUUUCGGCUGGUGAAGAAAGCGGCGAGAUGUUUUAGAAUGUCUGACUUUGAUAUGAUUUUCGAGGAGAUUGAAGCACUUAAUCCUGAUCUCCACGGCUACCUCGAAAGAGCUGAUGUCAGACUGUGGACACGUGUUUAUUUCCCGGGCGAGAGGUACAAUUUGAUGACUACGAACAUAGCGGAAUCAAUGAACAGAGCAUUAUCGCAUGCUAGAGGUCUUAACAUUGUUCGAAUAUUGGAAUCGAUACGGGUUAUGAUGACCAGAUGGUUUGCUGAACGAAGAGUGGAUGCCAGAUCGCAGUCAACCACACUCACGCGAUGUGUGGAGAAACUAUUACAAGGACGUGUAAGUGCCUCCCGGGAUUGGACGGUUCAAAGGAUUGAUGACCAUCACACUGAAGUUAAAUAUGGCGCUGCUGGCGAGUCUUUGAAUGUUGUUAAUUUGGUUGAGCGAAAGUGCACAUGUCGGCGUUUCGAUGUCGAGAAAAUACCAUGUGUACACGCAAUCGCAGCUGCAGAGGAAAGAAAUGUUUCUCGUAUAUCACUGUGCAGUCCUUACUAUAAAAGCACUUAUUUAGCUAGCGCAUACGCUGAAUCGGUCAUGCCGGUUGACUCAGCGCUACCUGUUCCAGAUAACGUGGCUAACGUACAGUGCUUUCCACCGUUUAUUCGUCAACAACCGGGAAGACCUAAAAAAAAUAGGAUGAAAUCUGCUUUAGAAGUUGCACUUGCAAACAAACGUCCUAGGAAAGAGCACAUAUGUUCUCGUUGCAGUCAAAGUGGACAUAAUGCGAGAACUUGUCCGAUAUAA